AUUUCUUCAUCUACGAGAGAAUGUGUUUCCUCUAGAUGUCACAUUCCUUAAGAGACUGAGUGUCUCGCAACAGAGAGAUUUUGCACCUGGAUCAACCAUGGAUGAGCGUGCUGCGCUGUUCCCUGGGGACUACGGAGCCGAGAAAUAUGCCUUGGGGAGACGAUUCUUCAUUUCUGAGAGAGGCUAUUUGGGGCUGUGUCCUGCAGAAUCGCAAAGAGGAGAUCGCAUUGCUGUGAUGAUGGAUAGUCGUGUUCCUUUUGUUCUUCGGAGCUAG